CCGGGCGCCGGCCUCCGCCGUCCGCCGCCGGUCCACGCCGCCCCGGGCGCGCCACCAUGGGGCCCCGGCUCGGCGUCUGGCUCCUGCUGCCCGCCGCCCUCCUGCUCCACGAGGAGAGCAGCCGGGCCGCCGCGAAGGGUGUGUGUGCUGGCUCUGGCUGUGGGAAAUGCGACUGCCAUGGCGUAAAGGGACAGAAGGGGGAAAGAGGUCUCCCAGGGUUACAAGGUGUCAUCGGGUUCCCGGGAAUGCAAGGACCUGAGGGGCCGCAGGGACCACCAGGACAGAAGGGUGACACCGGAGAACCAGGACUGCCAGGAACUAAAGGGACAAGAGGACCCCCAGGAGCAUCUGGUUACCCUGGAAACCCAGGACUUCCUGGUAUUCCUGGCCAAGAUGGUCCUCCGGGUCCCCCAGGUAUCCCAGGAUGCAACGGGACGAAGGGUGAGAGAGGGCCUCUGGGGCCUCCGGGUUUGCCUGGAUUCGCUGGAAAUCCCGGGCCACCAGGGUUGCCGGGAAUGAAGGGGGAUCCAGGUGAAAUACUUGGCCAUAUACCAGGGACCCUGUUGAAAGGUGAAAGAGGAUUUCCUGGACCCCCAGGAGCACCUGGUUCGCCGGGACUGCCAGGGCUGCAAGGUCCUGUUGGCCCCCCGGGAUUCACUGGACCACCAGGUCCCCCAGGCCCUCCUGGCCCUCCAGGUGAAAAGGGGCAAAUGGGCUUGAGUUUUCAAGGGCCAAAAGGUGACAAGGGUGAUCAAGGGGUCAGUGGGCCCCCAGGAGUCCCAGGACAAGCUCAAGUUCGAGAGAAAGGAGAAUAUGCUGCAAAAGGAGAGAAGGGCCAAAAAGGUGAACCUGGAUUUCAGGGGAUGCCAGGGAUUGGAGAGAAAGGUGAACCCGGAAAACCAGGACCCCGAGGAAAACCAGGAAAAGAUGGUGAAAAAGGAGAAAAAGGGAGUCUAGGGUUUCCGGGGGAUUCGGGGUACCCAGGACUCCCAGGCCGAGAGGGUUUAAAGGGAGACAAAGGUGAAGCCGGCCCUCCUGGCCCACCUGGAAUUGUGUUGGGCGCAAGGCCCUUGGGAGAGAAAGGAGAGCGGGGGUACCCAGGGGCUCCAGGGUUGAAAGGGGAGCCAGGCCCCAAAGGUUUCCCAGGAAUACAAGGCCCGCCAGGCUCUCCAGGCUUCCCGGUACCAGGGCUGAGUGGUCCCCCCGGCUUCCCCGGGGAAAGAGGAGAGAAAGGCGACCAGGGCUUGCCAGGCGUGUCCUUGCCCGGACCAGGUGGAAGGGAUGGGCUACCGGGCCCCCCUGGGCCCCCCGGCCCCCCUGGGCAGCCAGGCCACACAAAUGGAAUUGUGGAAUGCCAGCCCGGGCCGCCAGGUGACCAGGGUCCUCCCGGAAGUGCGGGGCAGCCGGGAUUGACAGGCGAAGUUGGAGAAAAAGGUCAAAAAGGAGACAGUUGUCUCAUCUGUGACUCAACAGGACUUCGUGGGCCCCCAGGGCCACAGGGACCCCCCGGAGAAAUAGGUUUCCCAGGACAGCCAGGGGCCAAGGGCGACAGAGGUUUACCCGGCAGGGAUGGUCUUGAAGGAUUGCCUGGGCCGCAAGGUGUGCCGGGGCUGAUGGGCCAGCCAGGAGCCAAGGGCGAGCCUGGCGAGAUUUACUUCGAUAUUCGACUCAAGGGUGACAAAGGAGAUCCAGGCUUCCCAGGCCAACCCGGCAUGCCAGGGAGAGCAGGCUCUCCCGGAAGAGACGGCCAUCCGGGUCUGCCCGGCCCCAAAGGCUCCCCGGGUUCAGUAGGAUUAAAAGGAGAACGUGGCCCCCCGGGAGGAGUUGGAUUCCCCGGCAGCCGUGGUGACGUCGGCCCUCCUGGGCCUCCAGGGUUUGGCCCUAUUGGCCCCAUUGGUGACAAAGGACAGAUGGGCUUUCCGGGAAACCCCGGGUCCCCAGGCCUGCCAGGUCCCAAGGGUGAAGAAGGAAAGGUCAUGCCCUUACCCGGUCCCCCUGGAGCAACAGGACUUCCGGGGUCCCCCGGGUUCCAAGGGCCCCAAGGUGACCGAGGUUUUCCUGGAACCCCGGGAAGGCCGGGUCUCUCUGGAGAGAAGGGUUCAGUCGGCCAGCCUGGGAUUGGCUUUCCAGGACCUCCCGGCCCCAAAGGUGUUGACGGUUUACCUGGAGACACUGGACCUCCUGGAAAUCCCGGUCGCCAAGGUUUUAAUGGCUUACCUGGCAACCCAGGUCCGCCUGGCCAAAAGGGCGAGCCUGGAGUUGGUCUGCCGGGACUCAAAGGUCUGCCGGGACUCCCUGGCAUCCCCGGCACCCCUGGAGAGAAGGGAAACGUCGGGGGACCAGGCGUUCCUGGGGAGCACGGCGCCAUUGGCCCUGCAGGCCUUCAGGGAAUCAGAGGUGACCCGGGACCUCCUGGAUUGCAAGGCCCCAAAGGAGCUCCUGGAGACCCCGGAAUAGGCCCUCCUGGAGCCAUGGGACCCCCUGGAGGACAGGGCCUCCCAGGGUCAUCAGGCCCCCCUGGAGUGAAAGGAGAGAAGGGCUUCCCCGGAUUCCCAGGCCUGGACAUGCCGGGCCCCAAAGGAGACAAAGGGCCUCAGGGGCUCCCCGGCCUGACGGGACAGUCGGGGCUGCCUGGUAUCCCUGGACAGCAGGGCACACCUGGACAGCCCGGGUUCCCAGGUCCCAAGGGAGAGAUGGGCGUCAUGGGGACCCCCGGGCAGCCCGGCUCGCCAGGACCAGCGGGUGUGCCGGGAUUGCCGGGUGAAAAAGGGGACCACGGCUUCCCGGGCAGCUCGGGACCCAGGGGAGACCCUGGCUUCAAGGGUGAUAAAGGAGAUGUGGGUCUUCCUGGCAAGCCGGGCUCCAUGGAUAAAGUGGACAUGGGCAGCAUGAAAGGCCAGAAGGGAGACCAAGGAGAAAAAGGACAAAUCGGCCCAACUGGUGAUAAAGGAUCCCGGGGAGAUCCUGGAACCCCAGGAGUGCCCGGAAAGGACGGUCAGGCAGGACACCCUGGGCAGCCAGGACCUAAAGGUGAUCCGGGCAUAAGUGGGACCCCAGGUGCUCCGGGACUUCCUGGACCCAAAGGAUCGGUUGGUGGAAUGGGCCUGCCAGGAACACCUGGAGAAAAAGGUGUGCCUGGCCUCCCUGGCCUGCAGGGCAUCCCUGGCUCACCUGGAGAAAAGGGAGCAAAAGGAGAGAAAGGGCAGGCGGGUCUACCUGGCAUUGGGAUUCCAGGACGGCCCGGGGAAAAGGGAGACCAAGGGGUAGCAGGUUUUCCAGGAAGCCCUGGAGAGAAGGGAGAGAAAGGAAGCAGUGGGAUCCCAGGGAUGCCCGGGUCUCCGGGCCCCAAAGGCUCACCAGGGAGUGCUGGCUAUCCAGGAAGCCCCGGGUUGCCUGGAGAAAAAGGUGACAAAGGCCUCCCGGGAUUGGAUGGCAUCCCUGGCAUCAAAGGAGAAGCAGGUCUUCCUGGGACGCCUGGUCUCACGGGCCCGGCCGGCCAGAAAGGGGAGCCCGGCAGUGACGGAUUCCCAGGGUCGGCAGGAGAGAAGGGUGAACCAGGUCUACCCGGAAGAGGAUUCCCAGGGUUUCCAGGGGCCAAAGGAGAGAAAGGUUCAAAGGGCGACGUGGGUUUCCCAGGCCUAGCUGGGAGCCCAGGAAUUCCUGGAUCCAAAGGAGAACAAGGAUUCAUGGGUCCUCCGGGGCCACAGGGACAGCCGGGAUUGCCAGGCACUCCGGGCCACGCGGUGGAGGGGCGCAAAGGAGACCGGGGCCCACAGGGCCAACCUGGCCUGCCAGGGCUUCCGGGACCCAUGGGGCCUCCAGGGCUCCCUGGGCUUGAUGGGCUGAAAGGUGACAAGGGAAACCCAGGCUGGCCGGGCACUCCUGGGGCUCCAGGGCCCAAGGGAGACCCAGGAUUCCAGGGCAUGCCGGGGAUCGGUGGCUCUCCAGGAGCUACAGGUGCUAAGGGUGAUAUGGGACCUCCAGGAGUUCCAGGGUUUCAAGGGCAGAAAGGCCUCCCUGGCCUUCAGGGAGUUAAAGGUGACCAAGGAGACCAAGGUUUCCCUGGAACUAAAGGUCUUCCUGGUCCCCCGGGCCCCCCGGGUCCAUACGACAUCAUCAAAGGGGAGCCAGGGCUCCCUGGUCCUGAGGGCCCCGCAGGUCUGAAAGGGCUUCAGGGACCUCCAGGCCCCAAAGGACAACAAGGUGUGACAGGAUCUGUGGGCUUACCUGGGCCACCAGGUAUUCCCGGGUUUGAUGGGGCCCCUGGCCAGAAAGGAGAGGCAGGACCCUUUGGACCUCCUGGUCCAAGAGGCUUCCCGGGUCCACCCGGCCCUGAUGGGUUGCCAGGAUCCAUGGGUCCCCCGGGCACCCCAUCUGUUGAUCACGGCUUCCUCGUGACCAGGCACAGUCAGACAAUAGAUGACCCCCAGUGUCCUCCUGGGACCAAAAUCCUCUACCAUGGGUACUCUCUGCUCUACGUACAAGGCAAUGAGCGGGCGCACGGCCAGGACUUGGGCACGGCGGGCAGCUGUCUGCGCAAGUUCAGCACGAUGCCCUUCCUCUUCUGUAACAUCAACAACGUCUGCAACUUCGCCUCCCGAAAUGAUUACUCGUACUGGCUGUCCACCCCGGAGCCUAUGCCCAUGUCCAUGGCGCCCAUCACCGGGGAGGGUAUCAGGCCCUUCAUCAGCAGGUGUGCUGUGUGUGAGGCUCCGGCCAUGGUCAUGGCUGUGCACAGCCAGACGAUCCAGAUCCCGCAGUGCCCCAGCGGCUGGUCCUCGCUCUGGAUUGGCUACUCCUUUGUGAUGCACACCAGCGCCGGAGCGGAAGGUUCUGGCCAAGCCCUGGCCUCCCCUGGGUCCUGUCUGGAAGAGUUCAGAAGCGCCCCCUUCAUCGAGUGCCACGGCCGCGGGACUUGCAAUUACUAUGCAAACGCUUACAGCUUUUGGCUUGCCACGAUAGAAAGAGGCCAGAUGUUCAAGAAGCCCACGCCGUCCACCUUGAAGGCUGGAGAGCUGCGCACGCAUGUCAGUCGCUGUCAAGUGUGCAUGCGGAGAACAUAACGAAGCCAGCCCUCAGCUACUUCACAACAUGGUGCUACUCCGCCCUCUUCCCUCCUUCUAACAGCAACGAACUCUAGAAAUAUAUCCUGUGUACCUCACUGUCCAGUAUGAAAACUGUAAGGUGCCUGAUAGGAAUCUGCAUAACUAACACACCCUGCUUCGUUGGCCUCUACUUGCUGAAGGAGAAUCCAAGACCACGAUAAGCUGCCCGUAGUGAAGUCCCAAGUGGCACUCCUGAUGAAAUAAAAAAUGUGUCUGUUCUACAGUCCAGUGCACUGAUGUGUGAAGUGAGACCCAUCAGAAAAACCAAAGGGUGCUAGGAGGGCUGUGGGACCUUCCAACCUGGGCGAAGCCCGUUUGCAUUUUUGUAUUAUAACAGAUCCAUUUCACACCCCAGGUGAAACGUCUGUUGAUAUCACUGUCUCACUGUUUCAGAAUUCAGGUCCCUCAGUCUGUACAAAUAAUAGUCGUGUUAAGCCGGUGGUUGGAACCUCCAAAGGGAAGGAUGGGGGCCUAGUAGCCCUGUCCUCCGACCGCCCCACCAAAGAGAAAUUUCGGUCUUUCUGCUCUGUUUGGUACUCUGCAGCUGCUUCUGCAAAAGUCCCGGAUUUCCUGUGGAAUAAAGAUGGUCCCCAAAGUAGGCAGAAAUGAAAUAUAUAUAUAUUUUAGUAAUUUAUAUAGAUGUCAGCAAUUAGGCAGGUCAAGUUGUAGUUUCAUUUCCACUGUUAAAAUAAAGCUUACAUAGUUUCUUCCUUUAAAAGCCUGUGUUGUCCUUUAACAGAGAUUUUUAAACACUAGGGUAUUGAAUGUGAAACACCAGUUUUCAUUGUUCACCUCCAAACCAAAAAUUGUGUGUUGCCAAAACCAAACCCGGCUUCACGGAUGUGGUGUCUAUUACAGGAAAACAUGUACUUUGAGCUUCUUGUUUUUAUUCUGUAUGAAAUAUCUUCAGGGUUUUAAACACUAAUCACAAACUGAAUGACUUGACUUCAAAAGCAACAAACUUAAAAGGCCUUCAUUUUAUGACUAUUCCUCAUUCUGCAGCCUGGUGUGAGAAAUAACUCUGUCGAAUCAGAAUAUCAGUAUUUUUACCUGUAAGCACAUUCAGGCGGCUUCCUUGGUUUUUCGUGAGUUAUGUUCAGACUUCAGCAGGGGAGCGGAUGCAUUGCAGGAGAGCAGAAUUGGACCACUAUGCCUGAAACGACAUUUUACUAAAAGUCUCCAAAACGUUUUUAAGACUACUAAGGCCUUUUGUGUAAUUUCUUUAAAUGUGUAUUUCUUAAAAAUUCAAAUUUGUAAUAAAACUAUUUGUAUAAAAA